AUGCUCGACCUCAAUGAUUUUAUCGCUGAGCGUGGCGGCGAUCCCAAGAAGAUCAAGGAGAGUCAGCGCCGUCGAUUCGCCCCCGAAGAGGCCGUGGAUGAAGUGAUUGCGCUGUACGAGGAAGCUCGGAAAGCACGGUAUGAGGUGACUCAGAUCGGCUCGCAGCUCAAUGCGCUUAUGAAGGAGAUUGGAAAGAAGAAGAAGAACAAGGAGGAUGCCAGCGAUCUGAUUAGCCAGAAGGCCGACAUGGAUAAGCGCAAGAAGGACGCCGAGGAUGCUGCUGCGCUGAAGGAGUUGGAGCGCGACCGCAAGAUUCGUAUGAUUGGCAACUACGUCCAUGAAUCAGUCCCCGUGAGCGACAAUGAGGACAACAACCAAAUUAUCCGAACCUGGAACGUUGAAGACGCCGAAGCGAAACGGCCCUCCGAACCCCUCUCCCACCACGAAGUUCUCACUCGUCUAGACGGCUAUGACCCCGAGCGCGGAGUUAAGAUCGUUGGCCAUCGCGGAUACUGCUUGACGGGCUAUGGUCUUUUCCUCAACCUGGCCCUUAUUAAUUACGGCCUUGAGUUCCUCUUCAACAAGGGGUACAAGCCCAACCAGCCCCCGCAAUUCAUGUUGAAGGAUCUCAUGGCGAAGACUGCCCAACUUGAGCAGUUCGACGAGGAGUUGUACAAAGUUACGGAAAGCGAGGAUAAGUCUACUGACAAGUAUCUGAUCGCUACCUCAGAACAGCCUCUGUCUGCCUUGCAUGACGGCGAGUGGCUGCAGGAGAAGGACCUCCCCAUCAAAUACGCCGGUUACAGCACAUGCUACCGGAAAGAGGCUGGUGCCCACGGCAAGGAUGCCUGGGGCAUUUUCCGUGUCCACCAGUUUGAGAAGAUCGAGCAGUUCGUCCUGACCAAGCCCGAGGACUCUUGGCAAGCCUUUGAGGACAUGAUGGCCACCUCCGAGGAGUUCUACAAGUCCCUCGGCCUCCCGUAUCAGGUUGUGGCGAUUGUUUCCGGAGCAUUGAACAACGCUGCCUCCAAGAAGUACGACUUGGAGGCUUGGUUCCCCUUUCAGAAGGAGUUCAAGGAACUUGUCUCAUGCUCCAACUGCCUUGACUACCAGUCUCGCGCCCUGGAGAUUCGCUUUGGAACUCGCAAGGCGACCGAUUUGAAGAAGACUUAUGUGCACGCGCUGAACGCUACUUUGUGUGCCACCGAGCGCACCCUUUGCUGUGUUCUGGAGAACUACCAGCGCGAAGACGGCAUUGAGGUCCCGGAGCCGUUGCGCAAGUAUAUCCCCGGCGCUCCCGAGUUCCUCCCAUAUGUCAAAGAGCUCCCCAAGGACUCCACCUCGCAGAAGGCCAAGGCCAAGGCCAACAAGCCUGCCGGUGGUGCCGAGGAGGCCACCAAGAAGAUGCAGGGUCUCCAGGUCUAG